AUGGCUGCUGCUGCUGAAACUGUUGACACCACUCAAGGUCUUCUUAACAUCAAUAUGAUGAAUGUCACUAAACUUACCUCUACCAACUACAUAACAUGGAUUCUUCAAGUCCACUCCCUUCUUGAUGGCUACGAUCUUGCUGGCUACAUUGAUGGUUCCAAAAUUCCACCGGAUCAAACGCUCACCUCCACUGAUCCGCCAACACCGAAUCCAGCUUACUCUACAUGGAGGCGCCAGGACAAACUUAUCUAUAGUGGUCUCCUUGGCACUCUUUCGUCUGCUCUUCAACCCAUGAUCAAACAAACUUCCAAAGGUGACAAAACUGUUGAUGAGUAUAUGCAGACGUUGAUGACACGUUUUGAUCAACUUGCUCUUCUUGGCAAGCCUCUUGCCCAUGAAGAGCAACUUGAGUUCAUCUUUGCUGGCUUACCAGAAGACUACAAGUCUGUUGUUGAUCAAGUGGAAGGUCACGACACUCCUCCCUCUAUCAUCGAAGUUCAUGAAAAGCUCAUCAACAAAGAAGCUAAACUUCUUGCUCUAUCCCUGUCCACACCGUCAAUUGGACCCGCUUCUGCUCAUGUUGCCACCUCUCGCCAGAGAAACAACACUGGAAAUGCCAAACGAUGCACUCAUCUCCAACAGCAACAUUCCUUCUCUCAUCCUGGCAUUCUUCCGUCACCAUUCCGUCCAUGGCAACCUCAUGCCAAUCUUGCUGUUGCUUCAAACCCAUGGGUAAUGGAUAUUGGGUCCACUCAUCAUCUUACAAGUGACCUCCACAACCUGGCUUUGCAUCAACCCUACAAUGGCGAGGAUUCAAUUCUCAUUGGUGAUGGUUCGGGUCUCUCCAUCACCAACACUGGUUCUCUUACUCUUCCAUCCAACUCUCACCCUUUAUCUCUUAAUAAUGUCUUGUGUGUUCCAAAUAUACAGAAAAAUCUGAUCUCUGUGAAGGAUCUCAGCUCGGGGGUUCCGUUAAUUCAAGGCAGGAUUAGGGGAGAACUAUAUGAGUGA